CACUAGUGUGACAACUCUCAUUAGCCAAUCGCGUAUCCCACAUUAAUUCACCACUGGACCAUCAAGGCCAUCGCUGCUCUCCAUGUCGACCUCGAAAGCAAAAUCAAAAGUUCAACCACUGACCGAUCAGGACAUACAGCAGACAUACUCUCGUCUGCAGAAUGAGCUUCAAAACCUUGCUGGGAAGAUAGGCGAGCUGGAGCAAGAGGCAGAAGAGCACGGACUUGUCCUUUCCACUUUGAACGAAGCACUUCAAGUGGAACCUGGUCGGAAGUGCUUCCGCUUGAUCGGCGGCGUUCUAGUUGAGCGUACAGUCAAGGAUGUAGUUCCUGCUUUGCAAACAAAUCGCGAAGGCAUCAGAAAAGUCAUUGCCAACCUUGCUGAGCAAUAUACCGCGAAGGAACGCGACUUUGAUACUUUUAAGCGUGACUAUAAUGCUCGCCCAAUAAGCAGGGCGUAAUGUGGUAUUCAAAUAUUUGCGAUCAGCAGCAGCGCGACUUACUAUGCACGGCAAAGUCGAAGAUCUAGUUGCAUAUCGUUUUGCUUUGCACUGAGUUCUCAUCGUCUCAGAAUUUUGUUUUGUUGUAGCCCACAACGCGAUUUGCAGAACUCCGUAGCUACUGGCAGCAGUGUUAUCAACUGAUACCUACGUGCACAUGGUUCGACA